AUGAAGUACCUCCUCUGCCUGUGUUUACUCCUUGCUGUUCUUUGUGCCGUAACCCAUUGCUACCAUGAAGACAUUUGCCAUGAAGUCAAUAAUACGAAUCUGCGCGAUGGAAUGGAAAAUUUAUUAACAUAUAACUGUGACAAGCAAGGCUCUAACUAUGCAGAUUUUGUGUUUAGAUUUUACAAGCAAGCUAUAUCAAAAGAAGCUGAUAAAAAUGUUUUCUUUUCUCCCAUGAGCAUCUCUACUGCCUUUGCCAUGUUGGCUGUUGGUGCUAAGUCAACCACCUUGUCUCAGAUUUUUGAAGGACUGGGCUUUGAUGGUCUGACUGAGACUCGCAUACAUGAUAUACAUGAAAGUUUCCAUAAAGUUUUAGCAGUACUGAACUGUGCUGAUGUUAACAUCACAUUAAAUAUAGGGAAUGCUCUUUUUACAGCUAUUGGGUAUGAACCACAGGAGACAUUUUUACAAAAUACCAAAGAAUUUUAUGAUGCAGAUUUUUUUUCUAGCAAUUUCCAUAAACCAGAAGAAGCUAAGAAGCAAAUCAAUAAAUAUGUAGAGGAGAAAACCAAGGGGAAAAUUCCUGAAUUAAUUGGUCGUCUUAAUUCAAAUACUGUAUUGGUUCUUGUUAACUACAUUUAUUUUAAAGCUGCCUGGGAAACAUAUUUUGAUCCUCUGCGUACAUAUGAGGAUGAUUUUUUUGUGAACACAAAUGCAUCUGUCAGAGUCAACAUGAUGCAGCGUGACAGUAACUAUGACACUUACUACGACCAGGAUCUCUCUUGUGAGGUGGUAGAGCUACCUUACCAGGGCACUGCACGAGCAUUGCUCAUCCUGCCUGAUGAUGGAAAGAUGAAGCAAGUGGAAGAUGCUCUCUCCAAGGAAACUGUUUGUAAAUGGGAUAACAAACUUGAGACCAGGAGAUUAGAUCUGCGGUUACCAAAGAUUUCUAUUAGUGGAUCUUAUGAUGUUAAAAACCUGUUCAAGGAAAUGGGCAUUACAGAAGUAUUCUCUAGUAAUGCUGAUCUGUCUGGAAUUAGUGGCAGCCGUGAUCUUCAGGUUUCACAAGCAAUUCACAAGGCAGUGCUGGAUGUUGAUGAGGCUGGAACUGAGGCUGCAGGAGCCACAGCCAUAAUCCUUACCAGAGUCCUCCGUCCUUCUGCUACCAUCAUAUUCAACAGACCCUUCAUUAUAUUGAUUUCUGACAAAGCAACCGGCACUACACUUUUCAUGGGGAAAAUUGUCGAUCCUACUAAGAAGUAA